AGCCAGAAUCUUUGUUCAGCCGCACUGACCGAACAGAUUUAGUGGGGUUACCUGGUUAAGAGCAGACACAGCAGCAGCAGCAGCAGCAGCAGCAGCAGCAGCAGCAGCAGCAGCAGCAGCAGCAGCAGCAGCAACAGCGAUAACUCAGGUACAGCAGGACACUAUGGGUCCUCCUCUGAAGCUCUUCAGAAACCAGAAGUACCAGGAACUGAAGCAAGAAUGCAUCAAAGAUGGCCGACUUUUCUGUGACCCCACAUUUCUGCCAGAGAAUGAUUCUCUCUUUUACAACCGAUUGCUUCCAGGGAAGGUUGUGUGGAAACGCCCCCAGGACAUCUGUGAUGAUCCCCAUCUGAUUGUGGGAAACAUCAGCAACCACCAGCUGAUACAGGGAAGAUUGGGGCACAAGUCAAUGGUCCCUGCCUUUUCCUGCUUGGCUGUUCAGGAGUCUCACUGGACAAAGACAAUUCCAAAUCAUAAGGAACAGGAAUGGGAUCCACGAAAACCAGAUAAAUAUGCUGGAAUAUUUCGCUUCCGUUUCUGGCAUUUUGGAGAAUGGACUGAGGUAGUGAUUGAUGACUUGUUGCCCACCAUCAAUGGAGAUCUGGUCUUCUCUUUCUCCACCUCCAUGAAUGAGUUUUGGAAUGCUCUACUGGAAAAAGCUUAUGCAAAGCUGUUGGGAUGUUAUGAGGCCUUGGAUGGUUUAACCAUCACUGAUAUCAUGGUGGACUUCACGGGCACAUUGGCUGAAACUGUUGACAUGCAGAAGGGAAGAUACACUGAACUUGUUGAGGAGAAGUACAAGCUGUUCAGAGAACUGUACAAAACAUUCACCAAAGGCGGUCUGAUUUGCUGCUCUAUUGAGUCUCCUAGUCAGGAGGAACAAGAAGUUGAAACUGAUUGGGGUUUACUGAAGGGUCACACCUACACGAUGACUGACAUUCGCAAGAUCCGUCUUGGAGAAAGACUUGUAGAAGUGUUCAGUGCUGAGAAACUGUAUAUGGUUCGUCUGAGGAAUCCCUUGGGAAGACAAGAAUGGAGUGGCCCUUGGAGUGAAAUUUCUGAAGAAUGGCAGCAACUGAAUGUGGCAGAUCGUAAGAACCUGGGACUUGUCAUGUCUGAUGAUGGAGAGUUUUGGAUGAGCCUGGAAGAUUUUUGCCAGAAUUUUCAAAAACUAAAUGUCUGUCGCAAUGUGAACAACCCUGUUUUUGGCCGCAAGGAGCUGGAAUCAGUGCUGGGAUGUUGGACUGUGGAUGAUGAUCCUCUAAUGAACCGCUCAGGAGGCUGCUAUAACAACCGUGACACCUUCCUGCAAAAUCCCCAGUACAUCUUCACUGUGCCUGAGGAUGGACACAAAGUCAUCAUGUCACUGCAACAGAAGGACCUGCGUACUUACCGCCGAAUGGGGAGACCUGACAAUUACAUCAUUGGCUUUGAGCUCUUCAAGGUGGAGAUGAACCGCAGAUUCCGCCUCCACCACCUGUAUAUCCAGGAGCGUGCUGGGACUUCUACUUAUAUUGAUACACGUACUGUGUUUCUGAGCAAGUACCUGAAGAAGGGCAACUAUGUUCUUGUCCCAACCAUGUUCCAGCAUGGCCGCACCAGCGAGUUUCUACUGAGAAUCUUCUCUGAAGUGCCUGUCCAGCUCAGGGAACUGACCUUGGACAUGCCCAAGAUGUCCUGCUGGAACCUGGCACGUGGCUACCCAAAAGUAGUUACUCAGAUCACUGUUCACAGUGCUGAGGGUCUGGAGAAGAAGUAUGCUAAUGAAACUGUAAACCCAUAUUUGGUUAUCAAGUGUGGAAAGGAAGAAGUUCGCUCCCCUGUCCAGAAGAAUACCAUACAUGCCAUUUUUGACACCCAGGCCAUUUUCUACAGAAGGACCACUGACAUACCUAUUAUAGUUCAGGUCUGGAACAGCAGAAAAUUCUGUGAUCAGUUCUUGGGGCAGGUUACACUGGAUGCAGACCCCAGUGAUUGCCGUGAUUUGAAGUCCCUGUACCUGCGAAAUAAGGGUGGCCCUACUGCCAAAGUCAAGCAAGGCCACAUCAGCUUCAAGGUUAUUUCGAGUGAUGACCUCACCGAGCUCUAAAUCUCCAACGUCAGAGAAUCUUGGCAGUUUUCCAUCCUUUUAAAUGUCAGGUGUUAGGUCUUAGCUAUGAUUCACAGUUGUUGAAAGAAAGAAAUUCUCAAUUAACUUUUCCUCUUUUCUGAUAAGUUUCCCAUACCUUCCAAUCCAAGUAGCAUCAGUAGCUACAUAGCCUAUAUACCUCCAGCAGCUGGAGAGGGGAGGUUACAGUCCUACAUUGAGAUAAUACAGAUAUUUGUUCAGAAAAGAUCUUUGGGCCUUCCGGGGGUGAGAUUCAAGUAGGACAAUAUCAAGCAGCUGGACAUCUUAAAAAGGUCUUUGCUCUUUUCAGGUGGCCAAUAUAUCUUGUCUGUAGGGCAUGUUGAAGAAGGAAGAAGGGUGAUCAAGGCCAAGCUGGUCUAGCCUGACAUCCUAGCUCCUGACCGACACUACAGACAUAACAGCAGCAUUUCACUCAGUAGCUAGAGCUUACCUAGCCCUUACCAUCACUACUGCCACAACCAUCACUGCCAUCACCACCUCCGGAAAAUAUAGCUCUACCCUAACCCGUCAUCCCCCAUGGUGUUCUACCUUCAUGUUGAGGAAGAUUCCUAGGUGCUUAAUCAAAAGCUGAAGUUCAAUGAGGCUAUUUAGCAAGGAGAGCCUGGGCUUCAGCAAUUGGAAUCCAGCUGUGUGCCAAAACAGGGAAACAUGGAAGGAGCUGCAGUGGGAGACAAAGCCUUGGUCCCCCACCCAUUUACAUACACAUACCUACACUCACACACGCGCAUAUAGGCGCGCACGAACUACCAUUAGGAUAGUCAGUGGGCAAGAGUGGGAGUGGAGUAUCACACACAUGGAAUGGAUGAAAGAAUCCAUUGAAUAAAAGGACAACCAGUUUGGGGCCCCUGACUGCAUCGUGAAACCUCUUGCUGCUGCUAGGUUUACAAACAAGCCCAUUGUCCUGUGCCUUCUAAUAUCACUGGUACUAAAGACCCCAUGUGGGAACUUGGGAUGUUGGGCCUCAGCCCAGACCUCUCAUGCUUUUCCCUCAAUUGGGACGCUUCACUUCCUGGGGCAUUUGUUUGCCUUCUUGUUUUUCAGUACUCUACAGAAUUUCCUUCCCAAUCAAUCAGUAUAAAAUGUCUUCCCUUCAUCUGCAUCUAUCAAUAUUCUACCCUUACUUAAUUCAAGGCCCAACAUAAAUGACACCUCCUCCAUGAAGCCCUUCUAAAUCUUACCCCCAAGCCCUACUUGCAUCAGUAGUUCAAUGCUUCUGCAAUGGUGAAAAAGAAACAUAGUUGUAGUACUUAGUCUAGUCCAGCAUGCCAUCAUUUAAAAAUAUAUUUUGUAGGGUUUUGUAAAGCUCAUUCAUUUUCUACCAAGUUUUGCAGUCUGUGAAACUUUUAAGGUACCUUUACCACAAAGCAUAUCAUCACAAUAAAGUUCAUAUUCAAUAAACUGA